UAUAUGCGUGUGUAUAUAUAUUUAUAUAUAUAUAUGGUGAGAGAGAGAGAGGUAGAUAAAUCUCACAGACUGGCACUGAAACGCAGUUUCUGAUUCUGGGGUCGACUUCUUUUUAACGUUUGAAGAGCCAGCUAGGGUUUUGUUUGUAUUUUACAGUUUUCUUUCUCGAACAUUUUCCGAAUAAUAUGUGAAGAAAACGACCGAUUCAGUUCUGUUCACUGUGUGCAAGGUCUUUUUGAAAUCAGAAACAGUUAGAGAAAACUAUUUUUGGUUCUCACGUUUUUGGAGUUUUUGAGCUUUGGAAACAUCACACUUGAAAUUCUUGUAAAUUUUAUUAGUGUGUGCAAUUUUUGCAAAAGAAGGGAAUCGAAAUGACGAAUUGAUUCUUUUUGUCUUUCUCUUGAAGAUUUGGUGAGAAAAUUCCAUUUUUAAUUUCCUAAUAUUCGUCAAACUUUAGCACUUGAAGCUUCUCUAGUGAUUUUCUCAUUUCUUUUUGGGAAAUUUUCUCGGAAAAUCCUUGAGGUUUUGAAAAUUAGGUCCUCAGGUGGAAAUAUGGAUCAUUUGGGCAAUUUCUCGGGAAAAAAUUGUGCUUUUGAUGUUAACAAAACCCCUGCAGCUAAUCCUCUGGCUGUUUGAGCUUUUCAUGUUCCUUUGAACUCCUUGUGCUUUUAAUUUGAUGAAAAUGGAGAUUUUAGAAGGGUUUCAGUUUUGGUAGCAGCUCGUGAAUGUGUAUAUGUAUAUGGGUUUUGUUUGAUCUUUGAGCUUCUACUCUAGUUGUGAAAAUCUAUGGAGAAGAGAAGCUAUGCAUUUCAUGCCAGCAGUAAAGACUUGAAACUCAUUUUCUUGUUCGUUUUCUGCUCAUUCAACACUUCCUUGCAAUGCCAAGAAAGAGUAAUCAAUCAUUACUCAACCAAGCCUCCAUCGUCUCCGUCGUCGUCGUCGACAACACCGGAAUUUAAGAGCAGAUUGCAGAGUGUUAUGCUCAGCAUUGUAUUUGGGAUUAUAACAGGAUUGAUCUGUGCAAUUCUUUUUGCUUGUCUAGUCAAAUGCUUCAUUGGGUACCUCAACAAAACCCCAAUUCUCAGGGGUCCAGUCAUAUUCUCCCCAAAGAUUGCUCCGAAAACCCUUCAAUCAGCUCUAGCAAACGAAAACGAGUUGCUAGGAUCGAGCCCCAGUGGGAAGUACUACAGGACAGUUCUUGACAAUGGGCUCACAGUUGCAGUCAAAAGGCUUGAACCCAUUGAGAAUGGGUCUCCAGAGACUCGCAGCAAGUCGGUCAAGAGGCAUAUACAGCAGGAGCUUGAAAUGGCAGCUAGCUUGAGGCAUAGGAAUUUGAUGAGCUUACGGGCUUAUGUUCGGGAAUCCGAUAGGUUCUUCUUGGUCUAUGACCAUGUGUCCACUGGGAGUCUUGAUGAUGCAAUGAACAGAGUGAGAGAAAAUCAGCUGCAGCUUAAUUGGGAAGUUCGGCUUCGGAUUGCGGUUGGGAUCACUAAAGCGCUCCAGUAUCUUCAUUUUACUUGUAACCCUAGAAUUUUGCACUGCAACUUGAAACCAACCAAUGUGAUGUUGGAUGCAGAGUUUGAACCAAGGCUGACAGAUCUUAGGUUGGCUAAGCUAAUGCCCGGUUUGGAUGGGGCGUCCUUGGGCUAUGUUGCUCCAGAGUGUUUACAAAACUGCAGGUAUACUGAAAAGAGUGACAGCUUCAGCUUUGGUGUUAUUUUGGGUGUUCUGUUAACUGGUAGAGACCCAAUGGAUCCGUUCUUUGACGGAGCAGCCACUGGGGGAAGUUUGGGACGGUGGCUUCGGCAUCUGCAACAAGAAGGGGAGGCCCGAGAAGCAUUAGAUAGAAGUAUUCUUGGGGAAGAAGUAGAAGAAGAUGAGAUGCUGAUGGCAGUGAGAAUUGCUGUCGCAUGCCUAUCUGAUUUGCCUGCGGAUCGACCUUCCAGCGAUGAACUUGUUUCAAUGCUCACCCAACUGCAUAGUUUCUGAAAUAAUGUAAGAUAUCUUUUAAAACUCAGGUUAUUGGCUGAUAUUAUAAAUCUAACUUUUUGGGGCAACCUCAUUGCCGUCGGAGUUUUUGUUUGUUCACAUGGCUUCGUAUGCAGCAUGCCAAUCAGUUGCUUCAGUUUGGCAUGGAGCAACUAAAUUGCCCAUUAUUUCGAGCGAUUUUGUUCUCAGUAAUGGGUUUCGUCUUCAAUCCAUGUGGAGAAGGUUCAUGUGGAAAUGCAAAAAGUUUGUGGUGCUACGGAUGUUGUUGCUGUGCUCUCUUUGUUCAGUUCCUCUCCACAUUUCUAGUUUGCAUUGGGCCUGUACAUGACUGACAGUGGAAGUGAAGAAGUUGAUUAUAUUCAAAGAGAUUUCUAACUUAAAAGAGGAAUGCUUGAUCAGAUAGAGUUUGUGGGAGGUAUUCGCAAUUAUGUAGUUUUUACUUUAUAUUAAUGUUUGAUUUUGGUUCCGCUCUAUAUUUAGACACAUUUGUAGAAGAUUAACAGUUCUUUUGACUUAAUCAAGUACUAUUUAUUUUUGGC